AUGUGGCCAUUACCAACGGAACUCAUUCUUUCCAUUCUAGACUACCUUGGCCCAGACGAGCUGCUGAAAUGUCUCAUCACAUCCCCACCGCUCUUUGCACUACUAUCGUCUCGACAUCUUGAGAAGCGCGAUAAGAAAGGCCGCACCAUGUUACACCUAGCUGUGCCCGAAAAUCACCCUGAAUUACUACGCGUCCUCCUUUGCCAUCAAGCCAUUGACCCCAACGUAAAGGAUAAUUACGAGUACACGCUAUUACUAUCGGCUAUCGCCUACUCAAGGGUUGAAUCCGUCCAACUCUUGCUCGACCAUGGUGGCGUGGAUAUCAAUGUGAGGACCUCAUACGGGACCACACCGCUAUACCAUGCCCUUGUUUGGGGAAAAAACGAACUGCUGGAGGUCUUGCUCAGACAAGAACGGCUCGAUGUAAAUGCAAGAGGCGAAGGUGGCCGGACGGCGCUUUCUCUGGCAAUGUCCGGGGGUGAUUACGUCAAUCUCAAUAUGAACAAUAUUGCAUUGCUACUGGAGAGAGAGGAUCUCUGUGCCGACUUACCAGACCAGAACGGUCGGACACCUCUCUCAUGGGCUGCCGAGUAUGGAGAGCUAGAGGCUGUGAAGUUACUGCUGCAGCGAGAGGAUGUUGAUGCAAGCUCUGUGGAUCACGAUGGACUUACGCCGCUGCAGCAUGCCGCAGGGGAUGUCGAUUCGGGGUAUGCCGAUGACGAGCUAUUCAUAGCCCUGAUGGAUAGGACGGGUGUGACAGAGGUUACUCGAUAUUUUGAUGGUCAUGCUCAAAGUUGGCGGCCUCUCUCUCCUACCUAG